GGGCGGGCAAGACGAAGGACUCCAGGAGCGCGCUGGGGAAUCCGAAGUGGCGCGCUGCAGGUAAUGUAGCUGUAGACCCUAGACCGAGGUGGGACCCCAGCCGGCUCUGCCCCCGACCUAGACUGAACAGAGGAGCCACGGCUUGGACCGAGCAGGGCUAUCAGAAACCAGGCAUGUGACGAAAAUGAGGGAUGCGGUGACCAGGACAGAGAUCUUCUGGUUCUUAGACUUUGGCAAAUAAUUCAGUCUUUUAGGGAACACUGCGGACCAGCUCCUGCCAAAGAGGCUCUGGCUUCGAGAAGAGUGUGGGCCGUGUGCAGGAGAGCUUGCUCGAGUUCCGUCUUUCAUUUUCUGUGGAUGAAGGCCGCCGAUGGAACGGAACCCGCCUGAUGGCACAGGCCCGGUGCACGUGCCUUUUGGGCACAUUGUGGCCAAUGAGAAAUGGCGUGGGUCGCAGCUGGCACAGGGGAUGCAAGGGAAAAUUAAACUUGUUUUUGAGGAUGGCCUGACACCGGUAGAUUUUUACUUGUCUAGCAGAUCCUGCAUUCUUUAUGUCACCGAAGCUGAUUUGGUGGCAGGAGGUAGCUACCGAAAGAGGCUUGUUCGCGUUAGAAAUUCCAGUAAUCUUCAAGGAAUCGUAGUAGUUGAAAAAACGCAGAUAAGUGAACAGUACUUCCCAGCCAUACAGAAGUUUACCGUGUUAGACCUUGGGAUGGUCUUGCUUCCAGUGGCCAACCAGAUGGAAGCGUCCUGCCUCAUUAUCCAGUUAGUAAGUACUGAAACCAAAGAGCCCAGGAAGAAUCCAUUUCUUGGGAGGAAACAGACUCUGAUCUCUGAGCCCGCCCUCCUUCGAACUGUGCAACAGAUCCCAGGGGUUGGAAAAGUUAAAGCUCCCCUUCUGCUUCAGAAGUUUCCAAGUAUCCAGCAACUAAGUAAUGCUUCCAUCCAAGAACUGGAGCAGGUCGUUGGACAAGCAGUAGCACAGCAAAUUUAUGUGUUCUUCACUCAGUCCAGGUGACGGCUCUCCUCACAGCAUCUACUACGUUUUCCUCUUUAGACCACGAACUACCUUGUUUUCUUUUCAUAUUUAAAAACCAAGAAAAAAAUUGUCCCUCCACAACUAGUGAAAGAUGAGGUGAGACCUGAGUGGAACCUGCCAGUUAUCCUGCCCUGCUCUCUGGGUGCUGGCAUUUACAUUAGUGGGCCCCAGCUGGCGCUGCCCUGAUUCUGCUAGCAUGAAGAGAGCAGGUGGGGAUCUUCCUAAAAGAAUAACUUUAGUUAGCGACUCUCAGAUCCAGCAAAAAGCCAGCUUGGGCAGAUUUGAAUGUGUGACCUUGACCUGUAUCUAUCAUGGAAAGGUCUUAUCAAGUUUCAGGUGGUGGAUAUGACCUUCUAAAGGAAACAAACCUCCAAUGAAGCACUGUGUACCAUAAGUCCCUUGUUCUGAGUGGCAGAGCCGCUGUUCUUUGGGUCUGGUCUUAAUAUCCUUGGGCUUUGAGGGCUGCUGCCUGUGUAAAUAAACACUUGUACAGCCUUUGUUCUUCCUCCCUCCCUCCCUUCCUGGUAGCUGCAGUUUGUUUAUAAUCAGUCACUGGGCACAUCUGAACACAGAAAGCCUGGAGUCUAGAAUACCCAUUUAAAGAUAAAAAGCCAAUGUGUGUGGGGGGCAGAAAAGAACGUGUUUGUAAAUGUAUAGCCCAACAAUGGGAAGACGCACAGGAAAAUGACAGGAGCAGGUGUAUCUAGAAAGGAGAGCUGGAGGCUGGGGGCCAAAAGGUACACACUUGCCCAUUCGAAAAAUAAAUACAAUAAAAGGUGCCACAUGUUUUCAAAGAUACUAAGACAACUUGAAAGUCCUGUUUUGUGACAUGUUAGUAAUUUUUAAAAAUCAAUAAAAACAUUUGUGCAUCAGGGUGGAAA